AGAAGAAGAAGGUUGAACCUUCAAGUACUUAAGAUGCUUCUGAAUCCCAUCAAAACUGAAUAGAAAGACCCCGAAAUGACCAAAUUCCAAGUAAUUGCGAACUAAAAGUGAUGACGACAUUCUGAUCGGUCAAAAGUUAAUUUUCAAGUAGAACAGCACGAUCGAGCUCUAUAGGACGAUGUAAUUUCGCAACCAAAUAGAUAAUGCAACUGAAUUAUGAUCCAAUCUUUUCGCAAAUGUUAAUCCCGCUGACCUGCAAUACCCCCACUAUUCAACAGCUAUCACCAGCAUCUUAUAAUACCGUUCAGUUCCCGAUCAAAUCGGUUUGGGUCGUGAAUGCUGAUCAGCGAGAAGCUCAAGCAUGGAGAUAUUCAUCGGCCUCAUCAGUUUUGCCUUCUGCCUGUCAUCAACCCGAGGGCAAGAGGAAAUCUGCAGCAAUGAAAAUUGGGAUUUUCGAAUUUGUAAGAAAUCUAAUAGACUCACGAAGGUCAUCCACGACGCACGAUUUUUUUCCGGAAAAAAUUUCUACAAAACCCUCGACAACAUUUCCGCCAUCGAGGAGGAUGCUUUCACUGCACUGAACCUCGUAAGGCUUAUCCUGACGUUCAACGAACCAGACAAUAAUGAUGGAAGUCUUCUGCAUUCGGUGUUCGUAAAACCAAAUACGUUCGGGGGUCUGACUGGCUUGCGGAUGCUGAGCAUUGAUGGUGCACGACUGGACACCAAUGGAGAUAUUUUGAAUCUGCCGAAGUCAUUAGUGAGCUUGACAUUUCGCAAAUGUGGAUUCACCGAAGUACCAACAGAAAUGCUGACGGCUACGCCGUAUCUUCAGGAGCUGUCGCUCGAAGGGAAUGUCAUCCGUAGCAUCAAACCCAAUGCGUUUGCUAGCUUAACGAACCUGAAGCAUCUUGACUUGAGCAGAAAUGGUGUCAAGAAACUUCACGAAGGUUGUUUCAAUCAACUCAGGAACUUGGAAUCGUUGAAAUUAAUUCAGAACUACAUUGCUCCGGUACCUGCGCUCUUCAGGGGAUUGCAAAAGUUGAAGAAACUCUACAUCACUGAUGCAUUCAAUAUCCUGGGCUUCCAACCACAUCUACUAGAAGAUCUGCCAACUCUCGUUGUCUUGUACUUGGGUUUCAAUCGAAUAUCAUAUCUGCAAUUCAGAAUGUUUGAUGCUGCACGUGGCCUUGAACACCUGUCCUUGUACGGAAAUCUUCUCCAACACAUUCCCAGAGGUGUUUUCGAAAAACUCACGUCAUUGAACGAACUAUCUCUGGCUGACAAUCGAAUCGAAACAAUCGAACCCGGUGCAUUCUCCGGGUUGAACCUCACUCGUCUUGUCUUGUCUCUCAAUAAUAUCAAGAUCAUUGAGGCUGGAGCUUUCAGCAAUCUUAACGUCAGAAAUCGUUUGGAUCUCAGGAAGAAUUUAAUUUCAGAAGUGAAACCAGGAGCUUUUACGAAAUUAUCUACCCGACAGUUGGAUUUAACGGAGAACAAAUUGACCAGGAUCAAUGCUGAUGAUUUCGCGGGUCUCAUCGCCAGAGAGCUGGACCUGAGCUCCAACCAAAUUACAACAAUCGCACCGAAGGCUUUCACCUACGCGAUAAUUAAUGAAGUUGGACUUUUUUUUAAUCCUAUCACGGAAGUUGAUAGAAAAUUAUGGGGACUGCAGGACUUUGAAGAAAUAAUGAAACGAAAUUGUGACGUUAUGAAAGCUGUCCUGGGAAUUCAUCUCGUGACUCUGGCGUUAUCAGUGAACGCGAAUUUUCCUUCCUCCUUGAACACUUCAGACCAUACGCUGUACGUAGAAGACAACACAAUCAUCCGAGUUUCCAAAAUCGGUUACUCCAAUCGACUCAGUAUGACACUCGAUACGCAGCACAUAGCGAUCGCUCCACUUGCAUUCCAGGAUUCAGAUGUCAAGGAUCUUCACCUGACGUUCAAUACUUCAACGAAUUUGACGAGGAAUGUGGGGAACAGCUACGGACAGAUCUCGCUGCAACCAGCGUCUCUCCUUGGGUUGGAUCUGGACACACUUUCCUUGAGCAACGUCGAUGUCACCUUCAACAGAGACGCAAUGACUCCGAUCAGAUCCCUCAAUCAUCUGAGCUUGAUAUCCUGCAAUAUCGUGGAAGUGCCGACUCCGCUGCUGAUGUCCUUUCCUAAAUUGGGAUCGCUGAUACUGUCCGGUCAUAACAUGUCUAUCGUUCAUCAUAAUGCCUUCCAACCCCUGGGGCGACUCUGGUAUCUCAACUUGUCCUCCAAUCGCAUCACUACCUUGGAGUCAGGAUGUUUCAAUGGACUGGAAGAAUUGGAAAGAUUAGAUCUGAGUAACAACAGCUUUACGAUUAUGCCCGCCGUCUUCAAUGGAUUGAUCAAACUUAUGGAGCUUCACAUUCGCGAUUGUCCCUAUCUUCGGAUAAUUGAUAUCAGGGCAUUUAUCGAAAUACCGACUUUGGUGUCACUCACUGUAUCGCACACUGCUGUCGAUAGUUUAGAGCCUGGAAUAUUCAAUAACCUGGGGCGAUUGAGCUGGCUGCAGUUGGAGAAUAAUAGGAUUAGUCGUGUACCGAGAAAUUUAUUCAACAAAUUGGAAUCACUUCAGUAUCUGUUUCUGGAUAAUAACGAGAUAUUAAGAACGGAUUCACAUGCAUUCGCGGGACUCAAUCUCCGGUAUCUCGGGCUGUCGUAUCAGAACCCAGGGUCCAGGAAGCAGUUUCAUCCCCAGAGGGUGGUGAUUGAAAACGGAACUUUCAGCGAUUUGAUUGCCGAUAUCGUGUCUAUGGUGGGCACAUCCAAUCCUGAUAUCAGACCGGGGGCUUUCGAUGGCCUGUCCACUGGAUUAUUGGAUUUACGGUGUGUUGGGAUAGGGAAAAUUGAUACCGAGAUGUUUUCGGGAGUCAGAGCAAAGAAACUGGAUUUGAGAAUGAACGGCAUUUCCGAAAUUAAUAAAAAUGCAUUCAAAGGGGUAAUUGGUGAUGAAGUUGAUCUGUCGUUGAAUCCCAUUCAAAUUACGGAUAAAGAGAAUUGGGAUAUUUCGGAAUCGUUGUAUAUCAACAUUUGAAAAAUAUUGUUGAUGGAAUUUUAGGUGAUUCAAAUGAGAAAUAAACCAAUCACGUUCAUAAAUUGCCAAUUGUUGAAUUAUUGUCUGCCAAAGAUCUUGGGGAGUUUUUCAGAGGAAUCAUUGAAUGAUCUUCGGAAGAUCAGACUGACAAUGUACCGAGAGAAAACUAUAAUUUUGUAUAUUAAAGAUUCUUUUGAGGAGAAUUUAAAGCGAAUUUUCCGAUGAACAUUUCGGGCAUUUGUUUGUUCAAAACAAAUGUGAUUGGCAAAAUUAUAUUUUGUCUCUCAGGGUGGUUUUGUCUGCAGCUGUUUGAUUUUGGAAAAUGUUUUUCAAAUAUCUCAUCUUCCGAAGGUUCUUUUGACGUCACCAGCGAGAUCUCCCGAAGAUCUUUCGGUGAUUCCAGAAAGAUCUUCGACAGACAAAAAUUUCUACGCGAGUGCACAUGAAAAAACUCAAUCGAAAUUCUGAUUUUUCUUCGUAUAUGAAUAAAUAUUAUUAAUUUGUUAAUUGUACGAUUAUUACAAUUUGAAUAAAGACAUGGAAUGUACUAUA